GCCCUCCCCCUCCUCGGCUCGGGCUUGCGAGGGCGGCCUGCUCGCUCUCAUUGGCCAGCCCGGGGCUGCUGAGCCCUCCUGGCCGGCCUUCUCUGUGGGCGAUGUUCUCUGUCGCCGCCGCAGCCGCCGUUGAGCUGCUGAUCCGGAGUCCCCUGCGCCAGCCCCGCCGCGUGAGGCGCUGUGUUAGCAGUACAGUGUAUGCUCUUCAUUUUCCUGCACUACAGUUACAUACAACUAAGCCUACUAUGCAGUUCAGCCAGGAAGACUUUGAAAAGGCAAAGGAACAAGUAAAUCUUUUGAAAGACGACCCUGGUGAUGAAGUAAAGCUGAAGCUAUAUGCAUUGUUUAAGCAGGCUACUCAGGGUCCCUGCAAUACUCCAAAACCAGGUAUGCUUGACUUUGUCAACAAGGCCAAAUGGGACGCAUGGAAAUCACUUGGUAGUUUGCCACAGGACGGUGCUAGACAGAAAUAUAUUGAGCUUGUGUCAAGCUUGAUAUCUGCAGAAUCUUCUGGGCAGGUUAAAGAGACCUCUCCUGACAGCAAGCCUGGCUAUGCAACAAUAGAAGUUACUACAAAAGACAACAUCACCAAGAUAAUGUUAAACCGCCCUAAGGUGAAGAAUGCAAUCAAUACGCAGAUGUACAGUGAAAUUACUCAAGCACUUGAGGAAGCAGCAAAGGAUGACUCUGUUAUAACAGUUCUGACAGGUAACGGAGAUUACUACAGUAGUGGAAAUGACCUGAACAACGCUGCCAGUACCGCAGCAGGUGGAUUAAAGGAGGCAGUCGAGAGUAAUUCAGCGCUAUUCAAGGCCUUUGUUGAACAAUUUAUUGAUUUUCCUAAACCAUUGAUUGCUGUGGUGAAUGGACCAGCUGUUGGGAUAUCUGUAACUAUCCUUGGGCUUUUUGACCUUGUAUAUGCUACCGACAGGGCUACAUUUCACACCCCCUUUUCCAACCUGGGUCUGUGUCCAGAAGGGUGUUCCUCUUACACAUUUCCAAAAAUUAUGGGCUUAACCAAGGCAACAGAGAUGCUGCUUUUCAACAAGAAGCUGACUGCUGCCGAAGCUUGCUCCUUGGGGCUUGUGACUGAGGUUUUCCCUGACAAUACUUUCCAGAAAGAAGUGUGGAUAAGGCUGAAAGCUUAUGCAAGCCUCCCUAGGAAUUCCUUGGCAAUCUCUAAGCAGUUAAUACGAGACAUGGAAAAGGAGAAGCUACAUGAAGUUAAUUCUCAAGAAUGCAAAUGUUUAAAAGAAAGAUGGCAAUCUGAUGAAGUCAUGAAUGCUGUACUAAGCUUUAUUCAGAGGAAGUCAAAACUCUGACCUCUAGCCAAAUGUGCAAAUUAAAUGUCUGUAAAACUGGUUUCCAUUCCCUUACAUGAAUAGAUGUCAUUAAAGUAAUACUUUCUGUAUGUAUCCAGAUUGUGCCUUAAUACUGACAAGGGUCAGCCAUUUAUUGAUAACAUAGUUGUUGAAGAAAUUAAUGUUUGUGUGUUAAAGUGUAUUUUCUCUUUGGCAAUUUUGGUUUUUUGAAUGUGGACAUGAAUCUGUGAUGCCAGUAACAUCGCAUGCCUCUUUCUGGGCCAUGAGGUGGGAAAGCACUCACUGCUUUACAUGCAGAGCAGAUCUCUUUGAAUACGACAAUGAUUGUUUGUCUUCCAAAAGGGGUCACUGAUUCAAUGUCACCAAAUUUUACAAGCUGUUGCAUAACUGAUUGCUGGUCAUACUGGGUUGACAUGCUGUUUGGUGUCCAUCUAUUGUGGAAAAGGAAAAAACAAGACACUAUGUUGGCAGAAAAUUUGAAUUAAAGUAUUUAUUUACAAA